AUGUCGCCCUUGCGCCUGGUCUCGAUCACUCUCAUUUUCAAUACCUUACGUGCUGCUAAGAGGUUCCUAGUGACGGUCGUUAUUUUACUUCCCCUCUCUCCCUCUUUCCCGCGGCUCCUCCCCCCUACCCUCCCUCACACCCCCUCUCCCAACCCACCCGCGCUCCCCGAAAUUCUAUCCAUGACCCCCGCUCUGCGUUGCGCGUGCGCCAGUCUUGUGGACGUGCGGCCGUUCCAGUUUGUGGUGGCUCGGCUGUUCUGCGAGGAGAUUAACACGCGCCGGCGAGCGCGCGGCGCCAAGGGCUUCUUCCAGCGCAAGGAGAUCAUAGAGCUGCUCUCGUACGACGACCAGGAGGAUGUCAAGCUCUCAGGCGCGGUGCUGUUCAGAAGCCUUGAGCAUCUCGUCUCCCCGCCGCUGGAGGUGCAGGGGCUGCUGGAUGCGGGGCUGCUGUCGAUGCUGGUGUCCAUAUUCACGGAGUUCUGUGUGCCGGACGACGACUCCGCGUCCUUCAACGGCGCUGACGACCUAGGAGAGGACGACCCGCCUCUCGACCCUCGUGGCACACAAGUCGAGGACCGUGUGAUAGAGCUGAUGAAGGGGCUGGCGGUGCACAGCGGGGCGGCCGUGAGUCUGAUAGAGGACGACUCGCUCAAGAAGAUGUUCCGCGCUGCAGCCGGGCUCUUCUCCCCCUCCUUCAGCUACAUGGGCGACUACUCGGGCGCUGCUGCUGGCGCCGCUGCUGCCAACCUCGAGCUCGAUCCUAAGCUGCGCAAUGCAGCAGCAGAGAUUCUGGAGCUGUCUCUGGCGAGUGACAUUGGUGGUGUGGCGCGCUAUAUCCACAACCACAACCUUCUGGAGGUGCUGCUCAAGGCGGUGAUACAGUACGAGGUGGACUCGGGGGACUCGCACCAUGUGCUGCUGCUCGUCAACGCCCUCAUUGAAUGCCUGCGCCUCGCCUUCCGCCCAGACGCGGGUCCUGUGAAGCUGAAGGAGGAUUUUCGCUCUCUGCGGGGCUACUUCUGGCUGGGCCAGCUCGUGCUCAAGCUCACCUUCGCAGCUGACACACCUGCUGACCCCACGCCCGUCGCCCAGCUCCACAACUCGCCCUCCCCUCUCCUGCAGCAGCCCCCGCUCUCCCCCGCCCCCUCCCCGCUAGCCCCUCUCCCUGGCUCGGGCACAGACCCUGAUGAAGCUGCAAGGGAGGACAAGGGGGAGGAGCCAGAGAAAGGGGAAACGGGCGAGGGGGAGGAUGGUGGGGAGGGAGGGAGUGAGAAGCGAGGAGGGUCGAGCCCAGAGGAGGCAGUAAAGCCUGCAGAGCCAGCAGUACCCUCUUCUCUAGUAAAGCUGCUCGAUGCUCUUGUGGCCAUGGCUCAGACUGUUGGCGGCGACCCUCCUCGGCUGCACACCACCGGCACCCGCCCGUUCUUCCGGUCCCCGUCGGGCCGGCAGAAGGACCUGUCCAACCUGCCAGGAGCGCAGGUGAAGUCACUGGAGUCCCUGCGAGUGAGGGAUCCCGACGCGGUGCUCGUGCUGCAGAACGUCUUCCUGGAGACGAACCAGCUGCCCGUGCAGCUUCUCGUGCUGGAGCGCCUGCAGAACCUCUACGCGUUCUUCCCAGAGAACUACUCGGUUAUCCAGGAGCUCAAGACGUUCCAGAUGCUGAUUCGCAACAUAGGCCAGUACCCGCGCAUGCUGCAGGAGCAGCUGCUCAAGGUCCUGGAAUACACAGUCAUUGUACUCAACAUAGUCCCAGAGCAGGAGCUUCUAGCGCUCUGCAUUGAGCUACAGAAGCCCGUGCCGACGUCUCUCUCCCGCUCUGCGCUCAUCUUCUUCAACAAGCUGCUGUCGUUUGAGCAGAACUUUGUGGAGGUGCUGCGGGACGUGGGGCUCGUGGAUAUCCUUGUCACGGACCUUAGGAAGUGCUCGCCUCCAGAGUCGACCCCUGUGCUUGCUGAUGGGUCCGUCCCCUCGGUCUUCUUCAUGCCGCAGUCCUCAGCUGCUGCUUCUCUCGCUGGUGGUGGUGGUAGUGCUGGUACACAGGGUGGUGCAGGAGGGGCCGACUCUCCCUCCUCCUCUGCCUCCUCCCGUUCCUUCCCCCAGUCGCCCUCGUCAACCUCCUCGUCCUCCUCCUCUCAUCUCUCUCUCCCUGCCUCUGCUGAUUCCGGUGACUACUCGCACUCCCAUCCCCACCCGCACAACCAGCCGCCCAUGUCCCGUGUCAUGAAGAGCCGUAUGGACGCCAUGCGCGCGUCCUUGGGCCGGCGUCUCUCGUCCGAUUCAAUCGGCGGCAUGGGUCCGGGCGGCGGCAUGGGUGCAGUGCAGUCGUAUUUCUUUGAUGAGGAAACCACAUGUCAGGCAGCGUGGGAGUGUGUGUUGGCACUUAUGACGCACAGCCCGGCCAACCAGAAGGUCCUCAGGCAGAAGCGUGGGCUGCAGACGGUGCUGCCGCUGCUCGCGUCCUCCCGCCACCGCCCUUUUGCUCUGCGCCUCCUCACGAUCCUCAUUUCUGAGGACUUGGCUCAGACCAAUCCGGACGAGGUGGCUGGGCUGGUGCAGGUGGCGCGGAGGGGAGUGGCAGGGUCGCCAGGAGGCAGGAUGUGGCGGCUGGACAUAGCAGCGCGCACAGAGGUGCUGUGGACGCUAUCCCACGUGCUCUCCGCCAACCCUGCAGUGCAGGAGACGUUCCUUAAGGGGUCGCCAGUGACAGGGCGGUACCAGAUGAUGAUGUCCAAGGCAGCCCAGCUCGCUGACCUAGGCGAAACGCCCCUCGCGCUCAAGUUUGAGUUUGUCGACGCGCUUCUGAGCGUGCUGCUGAGAGCAGUGAGGGCCAACCCCGCAGGCCGCCUGGCCCUGCGGCGAGUGAUCAAACCAGAGGAGUUCUCCCGCCAGCUGCCCCACACGGGGCUGCUCGCCCCGCCGUACGACGUGCGGCUGAUUCGCUCCCUGCUGGAUCUCGCCACAGAGACCCUUCGCAGCACCAGCCUGCCUCAAGUUCUCGUACCCUCCUCGCCCUCGCCCACGCCUGUGAAGGGCUCCCAUGCUGCUCCGCACUCGGGGCAUGACGACAGGGGGUUGGAGAGUGAAGCGGGCGGGUCAGCCGGGAGGCUGUCAGGGAAGGGGUCCGGGAGGAGGGAGAGCAUUGGGGGAGGGGCGAGUGGGGGUGCAGGAGGGGGUGGGAGCCCGUGGGGGCCGUGUGAGUGGGUGGUGGAUGAGGUGGGGGUUGUGCGGGACAGGGAGGGCGUGACAGUGCACAAUGCAGUGGUGGUGCAGAUGCUGUUGGACUCGCUUCAUCUGCUCGCCACCCCCACGGUGGAACGACUGCUGGCGGCCGUGCUUGUGCUCGCCAAGCUCUCGCCCCGCAAUGCAGAGGCGCUCAGUAGCAUUCACGUGGUGCAAGUGCUGCUAGAGCUCUUCAUUCACAAGUCGCACACCCUUGUGGAAGGAACCAUCGACACCAUUCUCCAGACCGUUGAAAUCGUUGGGACCUUCAGAAUCUCACCCACGGAGCUACGGCUCAUGGCGUUGCGGCUACGGCAGCCAGCAGACGCGCCGCACGACCCCAUGGGGCUGCGUUUCCUGCGCAUGCUCUGCCGCAUGGCCGCCGCCUCCUCUGGCUCCGCGCAAAGCGUAGCCGUCUCCUCCUUUGCCGACCUCAGCAUGCGCCGCGUGGGGUAUGCGGGCGCCCAUGCCAUCAUAGGCGAGCGCCCCUGGCCCCCUGCUGGAGGGUUCUCCUUCGCGUGCUGGCUCCGGUUCACGGGGUUGCGCAGCGAUGCAGACGACGGGGAGAGUGACGAGGAGAGUGAGGUGCGGGCGAGGCUGAGCUUUGGGUCGCAGCGGGGUGGGAGUGAUAACGGAAGGCUGGGCAGGGCCAGGCGGUUGCAGGUGUUCACUGUGGCACCGGCAGGAGAGCCUCAUGAGUGCUGCGCAGAGCUCUUUAUUGACGAGGACGGGGUUCUUACCUUGGCUGCUAACACCAACUCGGGUACUUGUGGAAGUGGGAGUGGGGGCGGGUCGGUUACUGGAAGUGCGUCUGGUGGCAGCAGCAGCGGCGGCGGCAGCAGCGGCACGAGCAGCAGCAAGGUGCGGUUCUCAAACGUGCAGCUGAAGGAGGGAUCGUGGCACUUUAUCACUGUGGUGUUCCGACAGCCGUCAGCCCUCUCGGGUUUCUUCCAUGUGGACUCCGCCUCGCUCUAUAUCGACGGGCUGCUGCAGCAGACCGGCAAGCUAUCCUUCGCCCCAUCGCCCCAAGGCAAGCUGCUGAGAGUCACUCUGGGGACAGGCAGCGAGGCGGCCUGUGUGAGUCCGCUCACGUGGCAGCUGGGCCCCACCGUGCUGUUUGAGGAAGCCGUCUCGUCCUCUGCGGUGCUCUUCAUGUACCUGCUUGGCCGAGGGUACCGCGGGGUGUUCCAGGACCCGGCUAUUCGCCAGUUCCUCCCUUUGGAGGCUAGCAACGCUCGCAAUCUGCUGCUGGUGGAGCGGAUCGAAGCAGAGGCGGCCGCGCAGGGGGGAAUCCCGACGGGGCUGUGGGUGAAAGGGGACGACUCGUCGAUCUUCCAUGACAUGGCUGCUGCUGCUGCGAGGGCCGGCGAGGGCGAGCUGUGCCCGGUGGUGUGGGAUGCAGAGAAGCCCACAGCAGCGGCGGCGGCGGUGGCGAGCAGGAAGAUUAUCUUCAAGUUUGAUGGGUCCACGGUGGAGCUGGAGGAGAAUGGCGAGCUGUGCCCCGCGUCUCUGGCGCGCACCAUGGUGAAUCUGGUGGACCUCAGCCAUGGCUCUGCUUCGUCCCUUGGAGGUCCCAAGAUGGCCGCUCUGUUCGGCGACAUCCAGCUGUGCUGCCCCAGCAGCGUGGCAGAUGGCCUGCGAGUCAUAGGCGGCAUGUCAGUGCUGCUCGCUCUGCUUGACAUGGCAGACACCUCUGAGCGCCUGCACCUCGCGCUCUCCCUCCUCACAUCGUGCCUGCGUGAGAACCCCCGCAACCAGGAGGAGAUGCGGCGCCUGCGCGGGCACCACAUGCUCGCCAUCUUCCUGCACCAGCGCAUGCCCCUCGUCACCCCCGCGUCUUUCUCCCUCCUGCUCUCGCUCGCCGCGCCCGCCACCCACAAGCCCUCGUCUCUCCUUCUCGCAGCAGACCCCUCUGCUGUUGCUGUGACCGCUGUGUGUGCGGCUUUCGAGGCAGCAGAGGCAUCAGAGGUGGUGCUGUGCAGCCCUGGGCUGGUGGUGCAUGUGCUGCUGGACUGGACCAUUUGGUCCAUCGCCCCUCUGCAACUGCAGCACGAACUCCUCGACUUCCUUCACCUCGUUGUCACCCGCAGCCGCUUCCGCCGCCACAAUGUUGCGUUUCUCAGGCGCCUGGACGUGGUGCCUCGCCUGCUGCUGGCGCUGCAGCACACGGAGCUGGACCCGGAGGUGAUAAGGAAGCUUGUGGGGGUGCUGGGGGGCGUGCUGGGAGCUGGGUUCCUGCCUGCGGAGACCAAGCAGGUGUCGGAUUUCGUCCUCAUGACGUUCAAGGGGGGAGCUGCAGCAGGGGCAGGAGGGAUGGCAGCAGCGGGAGCAGCAGCAGGAGCAGGAGGGGCGGUGGUAGCAGGCGGGGCAGGGGAGGUGUCAUUGAGGAGGAGCAGCAGCAGCAGCGGCAAUGCUGGAUCAGGGGCACCACCAGUCACCUGCAACAGCGGCUCCUUUGCAGCUCGAGAACCCUACGGGCGUCACGUAGCCACGCGCAACGCUCUCCUAGAGAUGCUCAUUCAGCUGCAGCUGCGCCUGGGCCUCACUCCCACAGACGAACGCCUGGACCUGUGGCAGAGGGCAGUAGCCACCAAGAUCACCACUCUCCUGCUGGAUCCCCACCUGCAUGAGUCCUCCCUUGAGCGUGUUCUCAUCCUGCUCGCGGAUUCCCUGCGCUCGCCCACGCAGUUUGCCACGCGGUUCCGCCAGGCCGGGGGGUUCUACUCGCUGUCGCGCGUGCUCGCGUCGUACCACGGCAAGCCGGACAUCUUCCUUGUGCUCUUCACUGCGCUCUUUGGUGCUGAUCCAAAGCCCGCGCUCACUGACAGGGACGACGUGCGUCUGCUGGACCUGCAUGCGCUGCUGCCGCUCAAGGCGAGCCCAGGGGAGGACCUCUUGUUCCCGGAGCUCUUAGAUUCCGUCCUCGCCAUGCUGCGCGCUGCGUUGCUCUCUGCUGUCCCCGCUGAGAGCGCCGAGAAGAAACCCUCUGUCGCUGCAAGUCCUAUCGGGUAUACUGGGGAGGGUGGAGCGGAGGGGGGAGAAGAGGGAGCUGGGGCGGGUCAGAGUGGGGACUGGAGCGGAGGAGGGAGGCAGGCGCUUGUAGAGCCGUUGAAGCGAGGGGCGGAGGGGGCAGCGGCGCUGGUGGUGGGUGUGCUGCGGUUCUGGCUGCAUGGGGUGCAUUGCCCGGGGCCCACUGCGCUGGCUGCUGCCACUCGCCGUCCCGAGUGCCUUGAGGGCCUGUUGGAUCUCUUCUUUGUUUGCCUGCGGCACUGCGCGGAGGCGGCUCGCAAGGCCACUACACAAGCCCCCUCCCCGCGCCCCCCAUCCCGUGCUCCUCCCCGCAAGGCCUCCCGCACCGCGUCCCUUGAAGCCAUCGCUUCAGGCGGGGACAACGAGGGGGACGGGGAGGACGACCAAGAAGGGGUUGAGUGGAAGGGGGGACAGGGCGAGGAGGAGGAGGAUGAGGAUGAGAGAGACGAGGUGGGGAAUCGGGCCGUGUAUGGGGCUGACGCGGAUAGGAAGGGCGCUCGGGUGCGUCUGUCUGGAUCGGCAGAUGCUGCUGUGGGCACUGCAAGCCGGCCUGCCAUCUCAGCGUCUGCCAGUGCAGGUUCAGUGUUGGGGUACACAGGAGGCCAAAUGGGACAGCCAGGGCUGGCAGGGCAGGCAGGGCCACUGGGAGCUCAGUCCGGGUCGCCUUCGUACAACUCCCCCCUCGCGCGCCACCUCAGCGUCACCGCUGCGUCCAUGAUGACAUGGCUGGGCGGCGCGAGGGAAUCGACGGACGAGAUUGCAUCUAGCGGGUUUUCCUCUCUGGGGAAGACGGGCAGCGGCAAGCUGGAUGGGGAGAUGUUUGGGGCAGUGGACGAGCACACCGAUGGGCUCACAGCGCUCGUCCCAGAGGCACUCUUUCUCGUAGAAGCAGAGAGUAUGAAAGGGAACGUGGCGGCGGUAGCAGCAGGGAUAGUGCUGGAUAUAAUCGGGGAGGUGGUGGCAGGGGCGCUUCUGGAGGUCCCUAAGAGUGCGCCGCUGCUAGAUGCGGUGCAGGACGCCGUGCCUGGGGAUAUUCCCGCUGACGUUGCAGCGGUUUUCACAGGGCAGUGGCUGCAGCGCGUGCUGCUGGUGCUCGAGCGGUGUCUGCUUGCAAGCAGUGUAGAGGCCAGCAAACUGGAUCGUGCACGCUGGGGGCCGAAUCUAGAGGCGCUGGCGCCUGUACUCGCGGAUGCUGCUUUCUGCGGGUCGUUUGCCCGGCCGAAGUCGUGCAAGCAGGUGCUGCAAUUCAUGCUGCAGCUGCUCCAAGCGGCCAACACCAACGGGCUCAUUGAAAACGCCCAGCCGGCCACAAGAGGGCUGCUCAUCCGCACUCGCGGCACGUUCCUGGAGCCGUACAUUCUCGCGCUGCUUAAAGCCUGUGGGCGGCUGGUGCUGUACUCGUUCCUGCCUUCAGACAUGGUGGGGGUGAGAGCUGUGACAAGCGGGGAGGACGGGGACGAACUGACAGGGUCGGUGCGAACGAGUGGCACGUAUGCUGCAGAACCGUGGGUGGGGGAGAGGCGCAUGGUCCCUGCUCUCGAUCCCAGCCUGGACCGAUCAGAUUCACUGCACCUGCUGCUUGCGAAUCACGGCAUAAUCCUGUCGAGCGUGAGUGUGGAUUUAGAGCUGGUCGCGUGCCUGUGCCAUAACCUCACGUACAUGAUUCUCCAGCUGCCGCCCUCCCAGUCGCUGCCGCAGCAGCAGCAGGGUGGGGGAGCGGGGCACGAGAGGGAGUCGCUGAUUCAGCAGCAGCAGCAGCACGUGGCGUUAGCAGCAGAGGCGUGGAAAGUGCUGGUGGCGCACCGGGCUAAAGAGCUAGAGGACCUACUCACCUUUCGCACGCCGAGAGGCGAUGUGGUGGAUUUGUUCCAUGGGGGGUUUGACACAGUGCUGCAGAACGGAGAGGCGUCUCUGGUGCACUGGCUGGUGGGGUCCCAGGCGCUGGUGGUGGAGGUGCUCGGGCAGAAGGCCACUCCUGCCUGGCGCGACGCUGUGCUUGCUGCUGCUCGUGCUGCUGACGGCAGAGUGAAGGUGCUGGAGGUGAGGCGGCGGAAGGAGGCGCAGCGGCGGGCGAGGGACAGCCUGAGGUCCAUGGCGAGGUAUGAGGAGCAGCAGGGAGGGAAUGUUGGGACAGCUGAGAAGGUGCGGUUUGGGAUUGCCAAGGAGUUGCUGGUCCGGCGGCAGGAUAAGUUUGGGUGGGUGUUGCAGGCGGAGAGGGAGUGGCAGGGGCAUCUGCAGCAGCUGGUGCAUGAGAGAGGGAUCUGGCCGGCUUGGCCCGGGGGGCUGGAUACGAAGCAGAGGUCCAAGUGGGGCGAGGAAGGGGCGGAGAAGGAGGGCGAAGGUGGGGACGAGACGGAGGGAGAGGAGGAGGGAGCGGGGACGUUGCAGUGGCAGCUGUGCUCGACUGAGGGGCCGUUCCGCAUGAGGAAGAAGAUGAGAAGGAGCAAGGUGCAGGUAGACUUGCGACAGAAGCAGUGCGUCACGUGCAUUGAGCCGGAGCCGAUUCCCAUUGUGGAAGGAGCGGAGGAGGAGGCCAGGGAGGCGGAGAGACGCAGCAGGGAGAGCAGCAAGGCUGAGAGCAGCAAGCCGGCAGCAGAGGACGGUGCUGGGGAUGCGGAGGGGAAAGGCAGGGAGAAGGACGGGGAAGGAGCGGCAAAGGAAGAGGAAGAAGCGGCGGGGGGUGGGAAGGGCAAGGAGGAGGGGGGCAAGGAGUCGUACCUGCAGCUGUCAGUGAGUGAUGGUACCCCUCCUCGCAUAUACCGCGCCCACUCCACCAUGGUUGAUUUGGAUGAUGAGGGUGGUAGCCUGGCGGACCUUGUUGCUUCACAUAUGGAAGCAUUGGCCGAGGAGGAGGCGGAGGAGCAGAGCGACGCUGCGGAGGAAGCUGGGAAGACCGAGGGACAGGGGGGUGCAGCAACAGGUGGUGCGAUUGAUGGCUCCAAGCCCAAUGCAGCGAAAUCCGGGAGGCUGAGCGGCAGUGCAAGUGCUAGUUCUGGUGCAAGCGGGCCGGUUGCAGGGCGGGGGAUAGAGGCGAGCAGCAGUGGCGGCAGCAGCAGUGCAGACCCUGCAUCGCGCAGCAGCAGCAAGCGCAUGGGGUAUGACCUGGGUGCUGACUGCCUGCGAGGCGGAGCAGGGGGAGGCGCAGAGAGCGACGACGGGGAGUAUCUGAUUCGCCCGCACUUGGAACCCGGGGAGCGAAUCCGGUUCCGGUAUAACUGCGACCGUGUGGUUGGGCUGGAUAAGCGCGAUGGGAUUUUCCUCAUAGGCGAGCAGUGCCUGUAUGUGAUUGACAACUACUUUAUCGACAGCACUGGGAGGUUCCGGGAGAAGGAGGCUGAAGGGACGGUGUCUGUGCUGGAUCAGGCGCUGGGGAUGAAGCCGGGGAAGCCGUCAGGGUUCACCGCAGCAGCGUGCGGGGCGAAUCCCAUGAAGAGGCAUGGAGUGGGUCUAGUUGGUGGGUGGGCGGAGACGGUCGCAGCGUGGCGAGCGACGGGCGGCGGCGGGGGGGAGAACUCGGGGGAAUUGGCAGGAGAAGGGGAGGAGGAUGAGGAGGCGGCAGCGGAGGAGGCGGUACUGUCGCACGAGUGCAAGAAGUGGAAGCACGAGGAGGUGCAUGAGGUGCUGAAGCGGCGCUACCAGCUGCGGCCCGUGGCCAUAGAGCUGUUCUCCAUGUCGGGCAACAACGAGCUGCUCGUCUUCCACCUCAAUGAGCGUGACGAGUGCUUCAAGAACCUGCAGGCCAUGAACCUCCCUAGGAACAGCCUGCUGGACUCCACGAUAUCGAACGCCACAGAGGCAGCGGAGCCACACCGGCUGUUCAAGAUGAUGGCGAAAUCGCUGGGCAAGCGGUGGCAGGCGGGCGAGAUCAGCAACUUCCACUACCUCAUGCACCUCAACACACUCGCUGGGCGCGGGUACAACGACCUCACACAGUACCCCGUCUUCCCCUGGGUGCUCGCGGAUUACCUCAGUCAGGAGCUCGACCUGAGCGAUCCCACCUCUUUCCGCCCGUUGAAUAAGCCCAUGGGGUGUAUCACUGCGGAGCGGGAGAAGGAGUUUGUGCGCAGGUACAACACGUGGGACGACCCGGACAUCCCGCGGUUCCACUACGGGUCGCACUACUCGAGUGCGGGCACGGUGCUCUACUACCUGAUGCGCCUGCCGCCGUUCUCGCGGCAGAACAUGCAGCUGCAGGGCGGGCACUUUGACCACGCGGACCGCAUGUUCUACUCCAUCCAGGAGACGUGGAAGAGCGCCAGCACGGGCCACACGGCCGAUGUCAAAGAGCUCACGCCCGAGUUUUAUUAUGUGCCCACGUUUUUGGAGAACCGGUUUAAUCUGGAUUUGGGUGUCAAGCAGAGCGGGGAAGGGGUGGACAACGUGAUCCUGCCGCCAUGGGCCAACGGCAGUCCCGAGGAGUUUAUCCGCAAGCACAGGGAGGCGCUGGAGUCGCCCUAUGUGUCGGAGCACCUCAACGAGUGGAUCGACCUCAUCUUCGGCUACAAGCAGCAAGGCCCCGCGUCAGUGGAGGCAGUGAACGUGUUCUUCUACCUCACAUACGAGGGCUCAGUCAACAUAGACGCCAUCACCGACCCCUCCACCAAGGCCUCCAUCCUCGCGCAGAUCAACAACUUCGGCCAGACGCCACGCCAGCUCUUUUUAAAACCACACCCCAAGCGCGAGACCCACCAGCGGCCCCCGCUCGUCAACUGCCUGCGCUACCACGAUCUCGUUCAGAUGGAGGAGUCAAGGAAUGUGCGCCAGAUGGUGACACAGAUUCUCAUGGUGAAGGAUAAGGUGGGAGUGCUUGUGGGUAACUCGCUGAUCAAGGGCACGUCGAAUGAUCGGCGGUUGCUCUGGGGGUUCCCGGAUGGGAGCCUGAGAGUGGUUUCCACGGAUCAGGAUAAGCUGCUGGCCACGCACGAGGCGCUACAUGACAACGGGCCGAUUCAGUGUGCUGCUGUGAGCCGUGACGGCACGUUUAUCGCAACAGGAGGGUCGGAUGGAGUGGUGGCGAUCUGGAGGUCUCUUGGGGAUGGGCCUCCGGGCCGGGGCGCUCCGUCGCAGUCCCAGAGCCAACCCGGGCAGGCGCAGCAGCAGCAGGCGCAGGCGCAGCGGCAGCUGCAGCUGCUGCGGCGUUUGUGCGCGCACACUCAGGCUGUGACGUCCCUGGCCAUGAGCCAAGCGUGGGGGCUUGUAGUGACUGGGUCGAGCGACCACACGGUGAUCCUCUGGGAUCUCAACUCACUGAAUUUUGUCCGGCAGCUUCCGGUGAUGCCUGCGCCGGUGUCUGUAGUCUAUGUGAGCGACAGCACAGGGGAUGUGGUGGUGGGUGCAGGAACUCUGCUGAGUGUGUGGACGGUGAAUGGGGACUGCCUGGCCAAGGUGAACACUUCACACUCCAUGCUGGAGGCUAUCACGUGUGUGACCACGCCGUCGCACUCGGAUUGGAUGGACACGGGGUGGUUCCUGACGGGGCACAGGAACGGGAGCAUCAAGAUGUGGUGCAUGGACUGGUGUGUGCCGGCGAAUGUGUCUGUGAAGAGGGCAGAGCAUGAGACUGUCAGUGGUAGUGGCAGCAUCAGCGGCAGCGGAUAUGGCGGCAGCUUCAAGGAGUCGGGAAGUGGAACGAGUGGGGUGAGUGUUCAGCAGACGAACCCGGAAGACAAGGAGCAGCAGGAGCAGGGGGACAAGGACGAGGGUGGCAGGCAGGCAAACGGAGAUGCAGCAGCAGGAACCACACAGCAGCAGCAGCAGCAGCAGCUGCACAAUCAGUUGGCAGUGGUGCCAGGCCGUGAACAUCUCUCGGGCAGUGGCAGGCAAAGAAGGAAGGUGCUGGUUCCCGGCACGUUCAUGUCUCGCGUGGACCCUGAGUGGAAGCUCGUGCUGUGCCGCGAGCUCGUGUGGCACAAGGAGGCCGUCACUGCGCUCUUCCUCACCCCGGAGCUGCGCCAGCUGUUCUCGGGGGACAUUGCAGGCCACAUUGCAUGCUGGGCCAUUCCCGAUGGUGAUGCGGAAAACAUUGUGCUGCAUGAUGCGCAGGUGUCGGUGUGUGCAGGAGCAUGCAAGCGGCACUUCACAGUGGGAGAGCGGCGCUUUGAGUGUGUGACGUGCAAGAAGGUGGUGUGUGGGCGGUGCGGGGGCAGCAAAAUGGUGGUGGACCGAUCAGGCCACUAUGCGCAGCGCUGGGUCUGCUCCUCCUGCCAGCACCAAUCCGAUGCAGCUGCAGCUGCUGCCGCCGCCGCUGCCACCGCUGCUGUAGCUGCAGCGGCAGAGGCAGGGGCAGGGGGCCCGGCGGCAGGGGGAGGAGGUGGAGGGAUGGGGGUGCGGUCUAGUAUGGUCCGCGGCAUGUCAGUUGCAGCGCCUCAGAGCAUGGGCGGCAUGGGCGGGGCAGGGGGAGGGGGGCAUGCAGGAGCGGGAGAGGGAGGAGGGCAGGGGCAUGGGGGGGAGAGGGCUGGGCCUGGGGCACGGCCGGGGCAGAGGGCGUUUGUGGCGAUGCCACGGAUUUCAAAGCAGACGGGGGGGCUCUCGCAAGGGGGGAUGAGACGAGGAGGGGGCACUAGCAUGCCCCGAUCCACCACCUCCUCUUAG